AUGGUCAAUGCCAUAGCAGCGCCUAACAAGCCAGAGAAAACCAGGGGCUACUACCACCCACUGAAAACCAGCAGCAGCAAGCCUCAGGUAUUUGGUCUCCUCCCCACACUAUAUAUAGCUAAAGCCAUUCCUUUUCAGACCUUGCAACAAGAGAUAACUAUGGCUAUGAGUUCGACAAGCAAAGCUUGGAUAGUAGCAGCCAGCAUAGGAGCCGUGGAGGCACUGAAAGACCAAAUGGGAUUCUGCAGGUGGAACUACGUACUCAGAUCGACUCAUCAUUACGCCAAGACCAACGUGAGAUCUGUCUCUCAGGCGAAGAGCCUCGCGCCUUCCUCUGCCGCAGUGGUCUCCGGUAAGCUGAAGGAGGCUCAGCAGUCGGAGGAGUCUCUUAGGAAAGUUAUGUACUUGAGUUGCUGGGGUCCUUAUUGA